UCCUUUGUCGUAGACCUGAGUAAAUCAGCUUAUUGAUGCAUUUCUUAUCAUCAAUCAUGUGAUGAAGAUCUAUAAAUAAAUGCAGUUGUGUUUCUGUAAGCAGUUUGGCUUUGUCGCGUAGAGAUUUAUUUUGUAGCUGAACGGUAUUCAUGCAAUUAUUUAUACCUACAUAUUUGGUAUUUUGUUAAUUUUAUAAGGGUAGUACUAUUUUAAAAGCGAUUGUUGCUAGAAAAUUGAAGUCAGUGAUUGACAUUAGGUUAUCCAUUCAUACACCAUAACUAGCGUUGUUUACUUACUCCGGUCGGGACUGUUUUUCUAUCAAGUGAAAGUUAUUAAGGUUCCAUAGUGGUUUUGUUUGCUUUUAUUUUAUACAUACAGUGAUAAAAAUCGUGUAAGAAAUGGGAGGUUGCUUCUCAUGUGGUGACGCCGAAAGUACUGUGUACGUGCCGAGGUCAACGGUACCAGUACAUCGAUCCUAUCCUGAGUAUUCUAGGACGCCACCCGCAUCCGCGUCUAGAGUGCAGAGAUUCUCAACACCUUAUUCCUACGUCAAGCCAGCUGCCCCUGUCAGACGAGAUAUAUCUGUACCAUAUGGUCGGACGGUAGUCAGUUCCAGGUCUGAAGCCUUAUACGGGGAGUUUAGGUGCAGAUGCGGUAACUUUUGGGUGAGCCUUCUGACCUGGCGUAAUAAAUGUCAACAAUGUAGAAGGUGCAAAAGACAAGUGUAUCCGACAAAUCAGAGAAGCCUUCAACCUUCUGACUACAAAAAAGACAAGGAAGAUGUUGGAGAGCACCCAAUGGAGCUGUGCGAGAUGUGUAAACAGAUGGGAGGACACUGCGGAAAGAAAAAGCAAACUACGACUUUUCGACUGUAGUGUUAUCGUAUGGUAAUCAUCAUUAACACCAAAACAUACUUAUUUAAUUUGAAUUUAUUUUAUUACUUUAAUUAGGCAUAAGGACAAAGCUUAAGAUCGGUAGCUAAACUACAUCGUAAGGGUUAGCGCAGACAAAUGUGGUGUCGAGUGAAGGGAAAAAAUAGUCUAUCAAGAUUUUAAUCAACUUAAUUGAUUAAAGUGGUUGGAUAGCGACCACAUGCAUGCGCGCUGACCCUGACGAGUGUACUUCCAUGUAUUAAUGAAGAAUAUAGUGAUUGAUGUAAUAGUAGGCGGUAAGCUUAAAUUUACAAUGUUUUUUUUAUAUGUAGUUUAAGUUCAACUGCGUUAUGCAAGACUUCUUGGAAUCGCGGCGUUUUAGCCAAAAUUGAUAUCGCACAUUUGUUCGCGAAAUCGAACAAAGACUUGUACUCGUAGUACCAGUGUAAUUACGGCUUGCAUGUGCAAAAAUUAGUUUCCUUCGGCGUUUCGGUGCAUCUCCUAACCUGAGAUGCUUGGUGUGCGGUGAACCCAGGAAAAACUUUACGUUUUGUCGCACGACUACUUUACACAUUUCAUUAUAACUCUCCUAUUGGCUUUUUCGAUGUUAAACUUAUCAAAAAGGUUGGCCCUCUCAACUUUUGAGCUUUGGACAUUUUUUCUGUUAACAACUGAUCCGGACUUUCUAUAAACUUUCUUAAUAACUUCUACUUGCUACUCAAAAUCUUUCAAGAGGGGCUCGGGUAAUGAUUUAAUGAUUGCACUCGUGCGCUAAAUGUUAUAUGCAGACACACCUCUGAAUGGUGUUACACUUGAUAAAUACAGAUUAGCAUAUCCAACAAUAAGCAAUAUUUUCUGCUGAGAACAGAAAUGCACAAAAGUCAUUUAUGGGUUAAAGUUGUAUUGAUUUAUUUUUAUAAUCAUUUUUGAAUGAAUAAUUAAAGAAAAUUGUUAAUGA